AUGGGGGACUCAACUGCAGAUGUUGGAACCAAUACUUUUUUACCUCAGAGUACUGUGAGAGCCAAUUUCUUACACAAUGGGAUCGACUUUCCCAAGUCUCGCCCAACAGGAAGGUUCAGUAACGGCUUUAACAGUGCUGAUUUUGUCUCCAAGCUAUUUGGUCUCAAGAGAAGCCCACCUCCAUUUUUGUUUCUUACGACCCUAAAAACUAAUCAUUUUCGUAAGCAUCUAUUGAAAGGUGUAAAUUUUGCCUCGGCUGGUGCUGGCCUUCUCGAUAUAACAGGUCCAAACCUGAGCGUCGUACCAUUAUCGAAGCAGAUAAGUCAGUUUUCAACAGUAAAGGAAAAUCUGAUAGCCCUGUUAAGUCUAACAGCAACAGAAACAAUGCUGUCCAAAUCUUUGUUCUUCAUCAGUAUAGGGAGCAACGAUAUUUUCGGCUAUUUCAUGAGCAAGAGUACAAUGCCUAAAGAUCAGUUCAUUUCCCUUCUCAUAUCAUCGUAUUCAGACCACAUCACUAAUUUAUACCGACUCGGGGCAAGAAAAUUCGGCAUCAUCAGUGUGCCACCAAUAGGAUGCUGUCCAUCACAAAGACUUGUUCAGAAACUCAUAAAUGGUGUUAAUGGUUGCUUCGAGCCAGAAAACGACUUCGCCUUAUCUUUCCACUCAGCACUAAACAACCUUUUACUCAAUAUCAGCUCACAGCUUUCGGGUUUUAAGUACUCUCUUGGAGAUGGAUACAGAAUGACUAUUGAUGUAAUAAAUAAUCCACAUGCCUCUGGAUUUGAGAAUGUGGAAUCGGCAUGCUGCGGACAUGGAUUUAUAAAUGCGCAAGGCCCUUGUAAUUCGACAGCGUCACUUUGCGCAGAUAGACGCAAGUAUUUGUUCUGGGAUAUGUUUCACCCUACUAUGAAAGCUGCUUAUAUGGCAGCUCAAACACUCUACAAUGGCCCUCCACAGUAUGUUUCGCCAAUUAAUUUUUCUCAGUUGGCUGAGGACAAUUAA